AUGGCGCAUGAGAUGAGUGGUGUUGUAGAUCCUGAGACUUUGUAUACAAAGCAGAAUUGCAUCGGCGGUGGUAGUUUUGGUAAAGUUUACAAAGGAGUUGACAAGCGCACCGGGCAGGCUGUAGCCAUAAAAGUUAUAGACGUUGAAAAUGCCGAAGAUGAAGUCGAAGAUAUUAUUCAAGAGAUCUCUAUCCUUUCCGAAUUACAUUCCCCGUUUGUUACGCAAUACUAUGGAUCAUAUCUUAGAGGUUCGGAUCUUUGGAUCGUUAUGGAAUUCUGCUCGGGUGGUAGUUGUGGCGACUUGAUGAAGCCGGGUCUGAUACAGGAGGAAUAUAUUUCGAUUAUUAUACGGGAACUUUUGCUAGGGUUGGAUUAUCUUCAUGGAGAUAAGAAGCUUCAUAGAGAUAUAAAAGCUGCAAAUGUUCUACUGGGCGCCAAUGGACAAGUUAAACUCGCGGAUUUCGGUGUUUCAGGCCAAUUAUCUGCUACCAUGACCAAGAAGAAUACAUUUGUUGGAACUCCAUUCUGGAUGGCCCCGGAAGUCAUCAAACAAUCUGGUUAUGACCACAAGGCGGAUAUAUGGUCUCUGGGAAUUACAGCACUCGAGCUCGCCAACGGCGAACCUCCAUACUCUGAUAUUCAUCCAAUGAAAGUUUUGUUUCUCAUACCUAAGAAUGCGCCCCCAAAAUUAGAAGGAAAUUUCACCAGGGCUUUCAAGGAUUUCGUCGAAUUGUGCCUUCAACGAGACCCGAGAGAACGACCGUCGGCCAGAGAAUUGUUGAAACACGCCUUUGUUCGGAAAGCCAAGAAAACAUCAUAUUUGACGGAAUUGAUAGAGCGAUACGAACGUUGGGCAGUGCAUCACAAGGGUGACGAUGAUGACUCGGAUAAUGAACGAGAAGAAGCUCCCCGACCUAAGCCUGUCGAUGAAGACUUGUGGGAUUUUGGUACGGUCCGACCAGUUGGCGGAAGAGGGAAUGGAAGGGUUGGGCUGAAUACUAUGGGAGAAUCUGACACGAAUGCAAGAGCAUCGAGGCUAUCAGAGGAGAAUAAUUAUGCAGAGCGCCCGAGACAGCAGUCGCCCUCGAAAUUAAAAGAACCAGGAUAUGUCUCGAGUAUUGAAACUGUCAAAGCAACAAAUUGUCCAGUAGAUGCACAACCAAGGCAACCUUCUCCACAGAGACGGCCUGUUCCAAGUAUUCAGACUUCAAUGUCUCCUACUAAGGUCCCUCUUCCACCAUCACCAGAAAAAUUCAGACCUCCAGGAUUGGAGACACCUAGAACGGCUGCGAGCUAUAUAAAUAGACAAGUUUCUGAUUCUCCUGAUUAUGAUCGUACUUUGCAAGAACAACUCCAAAGAGAUAUGGGAUUUCUGAAGCUCGGUGAGCCAUCUCCACCGCCAUUGCGAAUACCCCCUUCUACCGCCCCAAUACCAAUACAGUACACGAAUCAAAAUACACCGCCUUCAGCAUUACCACGGCCAAAUACGCAACAGUCAUUACCAAAACUUGCCCCUAUCAAAUUGCCUGAAAUUCCUCCAUUCCGUGGUAGCGGUCAGCCUCAACCACUGCAGCAAAGACUUCCAAACCAAGUACCUACUGCAGAGCCUCGGAAACAGCAACAGCAACAGCCACUUCCAUUACCUCCCAACCCUACAGGCCUUCAGAAUAUUAAUCUACGCCAGACAGGUCAGCAGCCAUUACCUGCAUUACCAUCGAAAAAAUUACGCAAUACUCCCUCUCAAGAAAGUAUAUCAUCUCAAUCUUCUAGAGCUCCAUCAUCUAUGCCUUCACCUGCUCCUGCUAGUCCAACCGGCGAUCUUGAUGCCUUGAACGAUGUGAUCUUUCCUGCGCUUGAAGAAGCACUCAAAAGACGUCAGUAUCGCUUACAACAUGCUUUUCGCACGACUGGAGCCACUCCAAAGCAACAAAGGGCACAAGCUGCUCAUGAGAAAUUACGAAAAUUAGUUUAUAAGCUUGCACAUGUGUGCAAAGAAAUCGACCAUUGGGAUAAACAGGAACCAGUGGGGAUGGGGAAGGAUGUGGAUGUUUUCCUCGAGGGGUUGUUAGAGGAAAUUUUGGUCAGGGUCGAACCAGCUGAUGAGGAAGAUGUGGAUAUGAGACGAUGA